UGGGCUGAGCGGGCGGCGCCGGGAUUCUGCGUCACCACAUGGGUCGGGCGGGCCACGCCGCUGACGCCAUCAACCCGGCACCUGCCAACAUGGAAGGUAGCGACGGCGGCUUCGUUGCGUCUGGCCUUGGGGCUCCGAGCUCUGCAGCGGUCGCAACGACAUUCCGUGAGCUUCUGCAGGACGAGUGUUAUAGUGAUUUCUUAAGUGAAGACUUUGAUGUGAAGACUUAUACUUCCCAAUCUAUUCAUCAAGCUGUAAUUGCUGAACAACUAGCAAAACUUGCCCAAGGAAUCAGUCAGUUGGAUAAAGAACUACAUCUACAGGUUGUUGCAAGACAUGAAGAUUUACUGGCACAGGCAACUGGGAUUGAGUCUUUGGAAGGUGUUCUUCAGAUGAUGCAGACAAGAAUUGGGGCCUUACAGGGAGCUGUUGAUAGGAUGAAAGCAAAAAUAGUUGAGCCAUAUAAUAAAAUAGUAGCCCGUAAUGCACAACUAGCAAGACUCCAGGUUGCCUGUGAUUUGCUUCGGAGAAUAAUACGCAUCUUGUAUCUCAGUAAGAGACUCCAAGGACAACUGCAAGGGGGAAGUAGAGAGAUAACCAAAGCUGCUCAGAGUGUCAAUGAACUUGAUUAUCUUUCUCGUGGAAUAGAUCUUUCUGGAGUAGAAGUAAUAGAAAAUGACCUACUUUUUAUUGCGAGAGCUCGACUAGAGGUGGAAAAUCAAGCUAAGCGUCUACUAGAGCAAGGUUUAGAGACCCAGAAUCCAACCCAAGUUGGAACAGCUCUUCAGGUGUUCCAUAAUCUUGGAACUUUGAAGGAUACUAUUACCAGUGUUGUGGAUGGAUAUUGUGCUACUUUAGAAGAAAAUAUCAACAGUGCAUUAGACAUCAAAGUUUUGACUCAGCCUUCCCAGUCAGCUGUGAGAGGGGGUCCUGGACGAUCUACUAUGCCAACCCCAGGAAACACUGCAGCUUUUCGUGCUUCCCUGUGGACCAAUAUGGAAAAACUUAUGGAUCAUAUUUGUGCUGUUUGUGUGCAGGUACAACAUCUGCAAAAUGUAUUAACCAGGAAGAGAGAUCCUGUUUCUCACAUUUGUUUCAUUGAAGAAAUAGUUAAGGAAGGACAACCUGAAAUUUUAUAUACAUUUUGGAAUUCAGUUACUCAAGCCCUUUCUUCUCAAUUUCAGAUGGCAACAAAUUCUUCUAUGUUUUUGAAACAGGCAUUUGAAGGAGAGUACCCUAAAUUAUUGCGUCUUUAUAAUGACUUAUGGAAGCGUCUUCAACAAUGUAGUCAAAGUAUUCAAGGGAAUUUUAAUGCAAGUGGGACUACAGACCUCUGUGUUGACCUACAGCACAUGGAAGAUGGUACACAAGACACAUCCAUAACAGAAAAGCUGGAUUAUGAUCCAGAAAAGGCUUUGAAAGACUCACUGCAACCCUAUGAAGCUGCUUAUCUAUCAAAAUCCUUAUCUCGACUCUUUGAUCCUAUCAACUUGGUUUUCCCCCCUGGUGGUCGAAAUCCUCCUUCCUCUGAUGAACUUGACAGUAUCCUUAAAACUAUAGCAAGUGAACUAAAUGUGGCUGCUGUUGAUGCAAACCUCACCUUAGCAGUGUCGAAAAACGUAGCAAAGACUAUCCAGUUAUAUGGUGUAAAAUCUGAGCAGCUUCUUUCCACACAAGGAGAUGCAAGUCAGGUAAUUGGGCCUCUUACUGAAGGGCAGAGAAGAAAUGUGGCAGUAGUGAAUUCGCUGUAUAAAUUGCACCAAUCUGUAACAAAGGUCAUUUCCAGUCAGAGCUCCUUCGCACCAGCAGCCGAGCAAACUAUAAUUUCAUCCCUGAAGACAGUCCAUGGUCUUAUGGGAAAUGCUGUGCAACCCUUACUGACUUCAGUGGGAGAUGCUAUCGAGGCCAUAAUCAUCACUAUGCAUCAAGAGGAUUUUUCUGGGUCAUUAUCCAACUUAGGAAAGCCUGAAGUGCCUUGUUCUCUGUACAUGAAAGAGCUACAAGGUUUCAUCGCUAGAGUUAUGAGUGACUACUUUAAACACUUUGAAUGCUUAGAUUUUGUCUUUGAAAACACUGAAGCUAUUGCCCAAAGAGCAAUUGAACUUUUUAUCCGCAAUGCCAGUCUCAUAAGACCCCUUGGUGAAGGUGGAAAAAUGCGGCUUGCUGCUGAUUUUGCACAGAUGGAGUUGGCUGUGGGUCCAUUUUGCAGACGAGUAUCUGAUUUAGGAAAGUCCUACCGAAUGCUGAGGUCAUUCAGACCUCUGCUCUUCCAAACAAGUGAACAUGUAGCCAGUAGUCCGGCACUGGGGGACAUUAUUCCAUUCAGCAUCGUGAUUCAGUUUUUGUUCACGAGAGCACCAGUUGAGUUGAAAUCCCCUUUCCAGAGAGCAGAGUGGUCCCACGCACGCUUUUCCCAGUGGCUGGAUGACCAUCCGUCUGAAAAGGACAGGCUCUUCCUCAUCAGGGGAGCCCUGGAAGAUUAUGUUCAAUUAGUAAGAAGUAGAGAAGGCAAAGAAUUUGCACCAGUUUAUCCCAUAAUGGUUCAGCUGCUCCAAAAAGCUAUGUCUACUCUUCAGUAACAAUGUGAAAUGUUUUUAUUACUCUUCAUUUUGCACUAACCCUUUCAAGACUGAUAGUUAAAUAUGCUCUAAAAGACAUUACUAUGCACUGUUUUGAGAACAUAAUUGAUUUUUUCUCUAUUGCCUAUUUAUCCUUCUUUUGCCUUUUUAGCACUUCUAUCUGGAGUAGCAUAAAAUGUACUUUUCUAUCACAUAAUUGAGUCAUCAUCCUCUCCCUCCCCCCCCCACCCCAUACACAUAGUCAGACGUAACUGCUUUUUAAAGGGAUAUGAUCAAGAUAUAUAAUAGGUACCCUGCUGUCCCCAACCGACCUUCUUAAAUUUAAGCAUGUUAAGUCAGUGGUUCCCAAAUUUAGCUAUAUAUUAAAACCACUGGAGAACUUAAAAAAAAAAGUCCUGAUGCCCAAAUGGUAUCCCUUACUAAUUAAAUUAGAAUAUCUAGGGCUGGAAACCAGGCAUCAGUAUUUUUUUAAAAACCUCAAAGGAUUCCAAUAUGCAACUAAGUUUGGGAACCACUGGUGUAUCCCAAAGCUAAGAUAUAGGGUUAACUAACUGUUCUUGUUUAAACGUGUCAUACUGUAUCUUUAAAUAAAGCAAGGCUUUCUUUAUA